CCUAUAUCUAGCAAAUUGACUUUAAUUAAGCAUUAUGCAAAACAUCUGCGACAGCGCGCUAAUUCGUCAGACUCUACCUCAAUUGGCUGUAAACUAAGCUUAAAGUAUUCCAACUGCGACAUUCAGUCAGUCGACAUAAGCGGUGAAACAUGAAGAGCGACGAGAUUAUUGAAAAAAUACGCAACAAAUUAAAGGAAUCGGAUCCUGCUAGACGUACAGUGGUCAACACAUUUCAGUUUAAUUUCACGGAUGUCGACGGCCAGCUUAUUAAGAGCGUAGUCUUUGAUUUCAAAGCCCUGGACAUAUAUGAGGGCAAUACAGCCAGUGCAGAUGGUCGUGUAACCAUUUCAGAUGAGGAUUUCUAUUUGGUGGGCACCAAGCAGAAGACUUUUGACGAAAUCAUUAAAUCGGAGAGGGCCCAAAUCGAUGGCGAUACCGAGGCUAUUAGCAAAAUUAUGGAAAAAUUUCGCAUCAAUACACAAAAUUAACAAGAACUGAUGAAUGAAUGUAACAGAAUUUCAUAAGAUUAUUAACCAAAAUUAAUGUAUCUAGCAUGCCAAGCUCAAUAAUUCUAAUAACCAUCAACGACUGCUUUUUACUUUUGAAAUUUCAAUAAAAACAAAAAUACUACUACUGCAACAAGUUAAAGAUUA